GCAGAAGAAUGAGUCUGCCUUGUUUGAGUUCUCCUUCUUCUUCUCCUUCCCCCUUGUGUGGUUUUGGGGGUGGCCUUGUGGCCCUGGGCGGGACACGGAGCCCACGUCACGCCGUGACUCAAUUUUGGCCCGCCGGAGCCUGGAGCCUGCCUUAUAAAAGAGCUGGAAGCGCACGGCUUGGGCAGAAGGCAAGGAAGAGGAAGCAUCUGCAGGCCCACCUCUCCAGAAGACGAAGUUCUCAAGAUGUUCCUGGCUCUCCUCCUGACGUCCUGCCUGGUCCUGACCAAGUCGGCCACUUUGGCCCCCAGAGGGGUCAGCGAUGAGCAGCCCCCUCCGCCGGCGUCCUUCGAUGGCGUCCUCCAAGAGCAAGUGCGCCCCAAAAAGAUCCCGCUGGAGUUUCUCCUCCAGCAAGAAAUGGACUUAUCAGAAGGUCUUGACCUCCCCAUGCAAGUCCAGAAUCGGCCCUCGACUCCACUCAACCCCAGAGGACUCAAUCCUCUCCAGAAUUCAAAGAUCCCCCGAUUCAGCUUGGCGGAGUUCCCCCCGGCCCGCCCGGCCCCCUCCAACAUCGCCAACAUUUGCAGCGAAGGCCGGAAGAAGCUCUCCUACGGGCCCUGGAACCUGCCCCAGACCAGCUUCAGCCACCUCUCCCGGCAAGGAGAGGCCCUCAACGAGCUGGAGGCCGGAGUGAAGACAUGCUGCCAACUGGACGAGGGAGAGAAGCUGCCCUGCUGCGUCGAUGUGUGGGAAAAAGUCCUCACGCAGUACUGUGGGUGGGAAUUCUCCGUCAAGACCAAGCCCCACGAAUGUUGCCUGAAGGACCACAAGCGGGACCGCUUCGGCUGCUUCACCAACCUGGCCCCUUUCCCCGCUUACGAUAUGGAGAUCCAGUCGGUCAACCUGGCCGAGAUCGAUUCCCCGCUCCUGGACACGCUCUGCGGCCAGGUCACACUUCUGAGCAAACAGAAACAACUCCCCAGCCUCAUCCAGAAUAUCACAGAGUCCUGUUGCCAACUGCAAGGCGGUGAGCGGAUUCAGUGUGCCAAGGAUGCGAAAUCCCAGUUGGUGACCACUCUUUGCACCUCCCGGAGGAACACCUGGAGGGACCCCCAGCAGUGCUGCGCCCAGGCGGGAGACGCUCCCCGGGACACCUGCUUCGAUGCCAACUACCUGGGCACCCUCCCUCUCGCCGGCGUCGCCGAACCCCUCCCCGACCCCACCGAGAUUGCCAUCGAAAUCCCAACCGAAUGAUUUCCACGUUGCAAAAAAGUUUCCCCUGACUGCGCAUGUCUUCAACCCUUUCCUUAUGCUCAGAGUGGGGGAGAUUGCCAUCGAAAUCCCAACCGAAUGAUUUCCGCGUCGCAAAAACGUUUCCCCUGACUGCGCAUGUCUUCAGCCCUUUCCCUAUGCUCAGAGUGGGGGAGAUUGCCAUAGAAAUCCCAACCGAAUGAUUUCCGCGUCACAAAAAAGUUUCCUCUGACUGCGCAUGUCUUCAGCCCUUUCCCUAUGCUCAGAGUGGGGGACCGUAUAUACUCGUAUAUAAGUCGACC